AUGAUCUGGACCCACGAUGCCACGGAGGCCCUGGACGAUGCUAAAGACAACCCCAAGCUACUGGUUGACACUAAUCGAAACUUUCUGCUUUUGCUCGAACUACUUAUCAGUCAAACAACUCGUCCUCUCUCAAAGUAUGCAAGAACCAAGUAUGAAACGCUCAUCACAAUUCACCUGCAUCAGAAGGACAUAUUUGAUGCGCUGGUAAGUCAAAAUUGUCAAAAGCCCGGGUGGAACCCGUCUGGUAAUUUCACUUUGACUGUGUUUGCUUUUACCCCUGGAGUGUGUGGAACUACAAAAUAA